CCUUAGGCGGCGGCCGGUUACAGCCUGCCCCACUCCUGACUUCCGCCCGCCUCGAGUCUGGAGUCGCGGCCUCCCCAGCUCUCGCCCCUCAGCCUGCGGCGUCCGACCAUGUUUGGCCUGCGGAGAAACGCGGUGAUCGGCCUGAACCUGUACUGCGGCGGCGCCAGCCUGGGCGCCGGCGGCGGUUCUCCGGCCGGGGCGCGCCUCACGGCCGAGGAGGCCAAGACGCGGCGCGAGGGGGGAGGGGAGGCCGGCCUGCUGCCCGGCGCGCGGGUGGUCGCGCGGCCGCCGCCCGUGGGCGCGGAGGACCCCGACGUCACCGCGUCGGCAGAGAGGCGGCUGCUCCGCUCGCCCGGCCUCCUCGCCGUGCCGCCCGAGGAGAAGGCCGCGCCGGCCGCCGCCAUGUCUCCCGAGGACGAGCUGGACGGCUGCGAGCCGGAGGCGCUCAGCAAGCGGCCGGCCGUGCUGCCCCUGCUGGAGCGCGUGAGCGAGGCGGCUAAGAGCUCGGGCGCCGACGGCUCGCUGCCGUCCACGCCGCCGCCGGCCGAGGAGGAGGACGACGAGCUGUACCGCCAGUCGCUCGAGAUCAUCUCGCGCUACCUACGGGAGCAGGCGGCCGGCGUCAAGGACGCGAAGCCGCUGGGCGAGGCGGGCCCUGCGGGCCGGAGGGCGCUGGAGACCCUGCGGCGCGUGGGCGACGGUGUGCAGCGCAACCACGAGACGGCCUUCCAGGGCAUGCUUCGGAAAAUGGACAUUAAAAACGAAGACGAUGUCAAAUCUUUUUCUCGAGUGAUGGUCCAUGUUUUCAAAGAUGGCGUAACAAACUGGGGCAGGAUUGUGACUCUUAUUUCUUUUGGUGCCUAUGUGGCCAAACACUUGAAGAGCAUAAACCAGGAAAACUGCAUCGAACCAUUAGCAGAAAGUAUCACAGAUGUUCUUGUAAGGACAAAGCGGGACUGGCUUGUCAAGCAAAGAGGCUGGGAUGGGUUUGUGGAGUUCUUCCAUGUACAGGACCUAGAAGGCGGCAUCAGAAAUGUGCUGCUGGCUUUUGCAGGUGUUGCUGGAGUAGGGGCUGGUCUGGCAUAUCUAAUAAGAUAGCCUUGUGAGUGCAAUAGGGGACUCUUAACUCCAGCCGCCAAACCACAUGCUUCUGUGAAAAACAUGUAUUUAUGAAGUUGGACUUGAAGUUGCCCGGGCUUUAACAAUCCAGGAGUUCUACUCCAGCAACAUAGCCAGAAAGAAAGCAAGUGGCUACAGGAUUGUGGCUAACAAGAAUAAAUACAUGGGAAACGUGCUCCCUCUUGAAGAGUUACUGUCUGAAAGAAGCCAGUUUUCACUCAGCAAACUUUGGGAGGCCAUGGAGGAUGACUUGUAGAUUGAAUGGAUGGAAGGGGGUAGGUGGACAGACUGAUUCCCUUUCAAAAGAGUGGCCAGUCCUCAGGCUAGUCAUAGAGCUCAAUAAAUGUGCAGAGUCCAUCACUCCUGUAGUGUUGAAAGAGAAGUGCUAACAAUGGCUGUGAUCCGUGUAAGAUGGACUUAAGAUACAAGUAACCAGACCAUGACUAGAAGCCGCAGUACUGUAUGAGAAUGUGAAAGGAGGCUCUUGGUGAGCUUUCCCAGCUGUACUUCUUGACAAAGUCCAAGUGCUCAGGACAUGUAGACCUGUCUACUUUGGCUUGGUUUUGAUGAUAAUCUUAAGUUUAUUAGCCUAGUAAUGGCCGAAAGUACUUAAGGUUCACUAAUUAGUUACAAAACUUAAAAGCCUCAUUUUUAAGGAAAACAACAUAUAUAAAAUGUAUUUGUCUGUAAAAAUUGUAUAUAUUUUUACAGAAAGUCUAUUUCUUUGGAUAUAAAAGGAGGGACGACUCUUUCCAUGCCCUUUUGAAAUUCGCAACUUCUAGUUAGAAACCUAUUUCUUACAGCUUUUUAAAACUUUGUCAUGAUCAGCUCUAGAGUAUAUACAGAACCAGUUGUAUGUGUGGACUGGUUGUAGUGGAACAAAUCGGAUUCAUAACUAUGCAGGCUUAAUUUUUCAGUCUGAUUUUGUAUGUAAGGAUCACAGGUAGCUGUUGAAGCAUUUGACCCCCUGUUGACUUUAAAUUGUAAAGUGGUUUGGUAACACAGGCUAGACUCAUAACCAUGGUGCUAUUCACAAGGUUGACUUGUUUGACACAAGUUUAAGCCUGGUGGUGUCAAUAAAGCAAAUAUGUAUUUCUUUUCUACUAA